CGGUUCAAAAUGCUCAGCGUUUCAGGGUCCAAGAUAUACGCGCGACGUUUUUACUAGGAAUACAUCCUUUUUUCAUAACUAAUCUGUCAACCGUGAAGUUAGUGUAGUUACUGUUCAGUUUUUCGAGUACCGAAAUUAGUUCAACCAGCUGUUUAAGGACUAAAUUUUACGCACAUACUUUGAAAUUGCGGACUGGCGAGUGAGCUGAAAGAAUGAAAAUUUUGCAGUAAUUGUGUAUCAUUAAAAUGCCAUCUACGCGUCAAUCUCUGCACAUAACUGUGGGCACCCCGCGGCCUGCUCGCAGACGCCAAUAUUUUGCUGCCAUUUCCGCAUCAAUAGGAGCCUUGACUGUAGGCUCAAUAAUUGGGUAUGCCUCUCCUGCAACAUCGCAGCUGCGUCAACCCGAAAUAAACAAUUCUUCAGAAAUCAUUAAUUCCACUUACGCAACGCAAUGUGUAGAAACAACUUUCCACUCGCCUCGAGACUUCAUUCUAUGUUCCUACGAAUCGGUCGCUUCGUUCUUCAUGGCCACGACCACAGACCAGAAAAUGCUUCCGUCCGAAUCAGUUACGCUGAGCAGCUCUCAACUGUCGUGGUUCUCAUCCGCAUUUAGCAUCGGCGCUCUCAUCGGCGGAGCUUUUGCAGGCGUCCUCAUACAGCACGCUGGCCGGAAAGGUGGAAUGCUUCUAUCUGUAGCGCCUUGCAUCGCCGGAUGGCUUGCUUUGGGAUUCGGAAGAUCGUUCUGGGCCCUGGUGACGGGGCGCACGUUAACAGGCAUGUUCACGGGCAUUACAUGUGUCGCGGUCAACACGUACAUCGGAGAGAUCUCCUCUAGUGACAUACGUGGCAUGCUUGGUACUUCGUUUCAACUGAUGCUGGGUACAGGCAUCGUUUAUAGCUACUCCUUCGGUGCCCUCGUGUGGUGGGAUGACCUGGCAUUCAUCUGUUGCGUUCCUCCAGCAGUUUUCUUUGUUCUGGUAUUUUUCAACCCCGAGACCCCAGCGUUUCUCGUGACCAAAGGACGAAAAGAAAAGGCUGAAGAGACCCUUCAGCAGCUGAGAGGACGCUCAUGGGACGUAUUGCCGGAGCUGAAACUGCUGGAGGAGGCCGCUGCGGAGGCGAAGCAACAUAAGAUGAAGAUGUCAGAUUUGUGUUCGUCACACGUCGCCCGUCCACUCGUCAUCGUGCUUGGUCUCAUGGCCUUUCAACAGCUCUGUGGCAUCAACGCCUUCGUCUUUAAUCUUGACACUAUAUUUAAGAGUGCGGGAAGCGGUCUGUCUUCAGAGGUCAGUAGCAUCUUAUGCGCGCUGGUGCAGACCCUGGCUACGUUCAUUUCCUUCUUCUUGGUUGAAACUGCAGGCAGGAAGCUUCUGCUUGUCAUAUCGGCUGUCGUUAUGGGACUCAGUCACGCAUGCGUUGGUCUCUUCUUCUACCUGUUGGAGACAGAUGAGGCUUGGACACAACAAUAUCUUUCAUGGCUACCCUUGCUGGCAGUGAUGGUGUUCCAGGUGGCAUUCUCCGCGGGAUAUGGACCUGUACCAUGGGUCAUGAUGAGCGAAUUGUUUCCACCUCGCAUCCGUGAGACCGCCAGCUCGCUAGCUACCGUCACCAACUGGACAGCUUCCUUCUUCGUCAUAUUCUCUUUCGAGCCGCUACAGGCAUCCCUGGGAAGUUACGGCUUUUAUUGGCUCUUCGCGUGCAUCUGUGUGGUGGCCACGAUUUUUUCUGCUACUGUGGUUGUGGAGACCAAAGGAAAAACUUUCGAAGAAAUUGGCGAAAUUUUCUCCUCAAAAAAUCGUCUAUCUUCUUCCUCAGAUACGGAAGCUCGGUAUUGAUUUUUUUCUGUAAUACGGAAACUCUGGAUUAAUUUUAUCCUUUAAUAGAGGAGCUUGGUUUUAAUAAUUGUAAGGCUGCUUCCGUUGUAAUUCAGAAGACCAUUGCAAAUUCAUACUAAACGACAAUGCCAGCAAAUCGAAUAAUCGAAUCGAUGUAAAUCCGCGAUGCAAAUUGCAAAUUAAAUCUAAAUCGAAUAAGACGGUUCACGAACAUAGUAAGCAAAAGAUUAUAUUGAAAAUUAUUAGUUCAGUACAUUCCGUGGCGUCGAAAAUCUCCUCGGGUUUAAAAAUAGCUACUGGACAAUAACGAUUCAUUAGAAAAAAUAACAUGAUGCAUUAUAAUUAAUCGUGAAAUGAUCAUUUGGAAGAUAUGAAAAGAAGCUAGAAGAGAUAUGUGAAAAGCGCUCAAGUAAAGAACGUUCAUAUCGCGAUUUGUGUACUAUUUACAAUAGAACAUUACAAUAGAACAUUUGUGUUCUAUUUAUAAGUCAUUUGACAUUGGUUUCAUUUGAUCACUCGAGUAUCCUUGACCCUGAAUUUAAUGAAUUAUUUCUAUCCGUUCGAAACGAGAGUCCAAGUCUGUGUAAUAAAUGAGAGUCCAGGUCUGUCUAGUGUGGCAAGCCCGACGGUCAUUUGCCUCCACGAAAUUCAAGAUAAGAGGAUUAGCCUUACCGGAGGACAUGUUUUAAAAGACAAUUUCAUUUUUUC